CAUGAUUUGACAGCCCUACAGCCAGUUGACGUUCCGCCUCUUUGUUUAUUUACAAAGUUUGCCUGCCGAAAAAAAACUUUCCACAUUUUGCCGUUUUCUCGUGAAAAAUAUAGAAAAUUUCCCGUUUCCAGCUUUCUUCACUCCGUUGAAUAACGCCACAUCAGUAGGGAAGUGUGGGUAUCUGUCCGCUUGCAAACAGAGUAAGUGAGCACGGUUUUCACGUGAAUGAAACGACUGCUUUCGAUUUUUAUCGAUCAUCGACUACUGAAAAACUUCGGCUGCUAUUCAAACCGGUGGCGGCAUUCAAUCGACCAUGUUCCUGCUGGCUGUUGGACGAUAAGGAACAAAAUGGAUCAUUCAGCGGCCACCCAAAGCAAUCAGUUUACGCUUUGCCGUAAUCAUAAUGUCACCUUCGAUACGCAUCGUCGCUGGGAUCCGGUCCCGGUGAAGAGUAGAAAAGGCUCAAAGUCGUCAAAGGCGGCGAAAGGCACACACGAUCCGAGCGCCAGAGAUCGUAUUGAAUUUACGCUGAUGAAUUACAACAUCUUGGCGCAGGAUUUGCUCGAUUCGCACGCGCAACUGUACAGUGAGCAUGAUCCUCAAGCGCUGCCGUGGGAAGAGCGCUGCAAACGACUGACGGCAGAGAUCGAACGCAUCGAUCCGGAUGUGUUGUGCGUGCAGGAACUGCAGGAGAACCAUAUCGAGGCGUUCUGCAGCCGGCUGAAGCAGGACUACGGUAUGCUGUACAAGAAACGAACCGGUGGCGACAAGACGGACGGUUGUGCACUGUUCUAUCGGCGCGAUCUGUUCGAUCUAGUUAACCACCACAAGGUAGAAUUUUACCAGCCCAAAGUAAAUAAAUUAAACCGAGAAAAUGUGGCUAUUAUUGCAAAACUGUCGCUGAAAGCAAACCCACGGGCCAAGCUCGUUGUUUCCACCACUCACCUACUGUACAAUCCCAACCGGCAGGACAUUCGAUUAGCGCAGGUACAGGUACUGUUGGCCGAACUGGAUCGUUUUGCGUACUGUGGCAAGCUGCCAAAUGGUAUACCGCAAUACGAUCCGGUCAUACUGUGCGGCGAUUUUAAUCUGCAACCGUUCACCGCACCGUACGAGCUGCUGUCCAAAGGCUACCUACGCUACGACCGACUGGAGUCGCGUUCGCUCAAAGCAUCGAACCAGCGGCGUGGCUACGUGGAGAAGAUUGGCAAGUUUUUCCUUCCACCAGCGCUUGGAAUUACCGAUAAAUGUCAGCAUAAUGCGCUGAAGGAUCGCGAGAAAGACCACCACGGUCAGAUUCCACCUUCUCACAUGACAAAGCUUCAUCACUCCAACCAUAAUGAAGUUAAGUCAGUUCCAAACGAUGCUGAAUCGAGCAACGGGAAUUCACCGGCAAAGGAGACCGACGUACGUAGCGAGUUUUCGUCUGGUUCACUCUGUCAUCGUUUCGUGUUCAACUCAGCCUAUCGGCACCACGGACCGGAUGCGGAAGAGCAACGGCAGGCAACCACAUUUCAGGACGAGUGGAUAACGGUGGACUAUCUGUUCUACACGCCGUACCGUUCGGUGGCUGAAUGCAAUCGUACACUGCCCAACUGGAACCUGGAGUUGCUGCAAACGUACACACUGCCAACGGUGCAGCAGUGCUGCUGGGAAAUUGGGUGCAUACCGAAUAAGGCGUACGGGUCGGAUCACUUUGCGCUGGCCGGUCGCUUUAUGCUCACCAUUCCCAAAGAGGAACUGUGAGCGGGAGCUUCCUCCUUCCUUGUAGCCUGCCCGUAACAGAAUUUCCUUUUCGUUUUGACGUUAUUUGAUCUGUGACAUGUAGUUAAUGAGCAUCGUUUCAUAGUUCGAAAUGAGCGUGAAAUAAAACGGGCCACCUGAACGUUAAUGAACGACGUUUCAUCAUUGCGUUUAUGAGCCGCGGAAUGGCCGGAGAGAUUUACGAUCGACUAGACGUUAGUAAGAAGAGCAUGAAGGCAUCAUUUAUUUUCAGUCAUUUGUUUGUUCGUCGGUUUCAUAAUGCACUGGAUUGGUGUGUGACGGAAAAGCCGUCUGGAUAAAAUAAAAAUACUGAUCUGAA